AUGGAGCUGCCAGCACUCACGCAGGCACUGCGGGCCCUGGGCAACUGCCAGGGGGCUGGUGGCUGCUAUUGGCUGAGCGAGCGCCGAGCCAGCUCCUGUGCUCACCCCUCCGAGGCAGGCCAGGCCACCUCCCGUGUCCAUCUGUCCACCAUCUGGUCCCUGGAGCGGGAGCAUGAGGGGACAGGCCGCCUCCUGGCCGUUGAGGACUCCCUGUGUCCUGCCUGCAGCAAGCACUUUCCCUCAGUUGUCCCCUCAUCCCCCAGUGGGGGUGGAGCCAGAGGAGACAUUUCCCAGGAUGAAGAUGUGGUGUUUGGCUCAAGGCUGGGGGCCCAGCACCUACAACGGGAAGGCUUCCUGGAGGAGGUGACGUUGAGCCGAGAGCUGCAUGAUGAAGGAGCUGCCGUGGGGGGUCUGGGGGAGAGCGCCCUGGCAGAGGGAGCAAAGAUCUUAAGGUUGGAGCAAACUCAGCACGUCCUCAAGUUCAAGGUCACACGGCUACAACGGGAGGAGCUAGGAUUCCAGCCAGGUCCCAGCUCCAGGGUCCAGGUGCACCCGCUGGAGGGAACCGGUUGGGGAAGCUGCGGGCUUCUGGCCAGCGUGGCACUCACUCAGGAGCAGACGGAGGUUCACGGUCUGGAGCCCGCCAGGGUAGGAAAGACGCUGGAUGAAGGCGUGGGGUCCCAGCCCAUCUCCUUCCCAUUAUCCAAGCCCUUCGAGCCCCUCAAGGCAUCCUGCAGGGCCUGCUUCCUGAGCCUUCGACUGAGCACUAGCACCAGCUGUCCCUCUGAGGGCCACACCAGCCACCCCUCUGCCAGUCCCCACCCCUCAGAUGUGGCAGUCCUGGGCACAGACGGGAGGCUGAUCCCUGGAGAUACAGAGAUGAGCAAGACUCAGUCCCUGCCCUCAGAAGGAACACGGGCGUUUGGUUUUCAGAAGCACGAUCUAGAGGUGGCCGUCAAAUGCAUUAACAAGAAGAACCUCGCCAAAUCGCAGACGCUGCUGGGGAAGGAGAUCAAGAUCCUAAAGGAAUUGAAACAUGAAAACAUUGUGGCUUUGUACGACUUCCAGGAAAUGGCCAAUUCCGUCUACCUGGUCAUGGAGUACUGCAACGGUGGAGACCUGGCCGACUACCUGCACACCAUGCGCACGCUCAGCGAGGACACCAUCCGGCUCUUCCUGCAGCAGAUCGCGGGUGCCAUGCAGCUCCUGCACAGCAAGGGCAUCAUCCACCGCGACCUGAAGCCCCAGAACAUCCUGCUGUCCAACCCCGGCGGGCGCCGCGCCAAUCCCAACAACAUCCGCGUCAAGAUCGCCGACUUCGGGUUCGCACGGUACCUGCAGAGCAACAUGAUGGCCGCCACCCUCUGCGGCUCUCCCAUGUACAUGGCCCCUGAAGUCAUCAUGUCCCAGCAUUACGACGGCAAGGCGGACCUGUGGAGCAUCGGCACCAUCGUUUACCAGUGCCUGACGGGCAAGGCGCCCUUCCAGGCCAGUAGUCCCCAGGACCUCCGCCUCUUCUAUGAGAAGAACAAGACGCUGAUCCCCACCAUACCCCGGGAGACCUCGGCCCCCCUGAGACAGCUGCUCCUGGCCCUGCUGCAGCGGAACCACAAGGACCGCAUGGACUUCGAUGAGUUUUUCCAUCACCCGUUCCUCGAUGCCAGUUCCUCCAUUAAGAAGUCCGCCCCGGUGCCUGUGCCUUCGUACCCCAGCUCUGGCUCUGGCAGCAGCUCCAGCGGCAGCUCCACCUCGCACCUGGCCUCGCCACCGUCCCUCGGGGAGAUGCAGCAGCUGCAGAAGACGCUGACCUCUCCGGCCGACGCCGCUACGUUCUUGCAAGGCUCCAGGGACUCCGGCAGCAGCAGCAAGGACUCAUCCUGUGACACCGAUGACUUUGUCAUGGUUCCAGCCCAGUUCCCAGGUGACCUGGGGGCCGAGGCUCCCGGUGCCAAGGCCGCAGCAGACAGUCUGCUGUGCAGUGGGAGCUCACUGGUGGUCUCUGCUGGCCUGGAGAGCCACGGCCGGACCCCAUCUCCGUCCCCACCUUACAGCGGCUCCCCCAGCCCCUCAGGCCGGGCUGGCCCCUCCAGCGGCAGGUGCGGCGUAUCCGUCCCCAUCCCGGUCCCCACGCAGGUGCACAACUACCAACGCAUCGAGCAGAACCUGCAGUUGCCCGCCCAGUAUGCGGCGCCCCGGUCCACCGCCGUCCGCAGGUCGGGCAGCACCAGCCCCCUGGGCUUUUCCCGGGCCAGUCCCUCGCCCCCGUCCCACGCUGAGCAUGGAGCUGCCCUGGCCAGGAGGUUCUCCCUGGGUGGGGCCCGGCCCUACACGCCCUCUCCCCAAGUCGGAACCAUCCCCGAGAGGCCGGGUUUGAGCAGGGCGCCCUCCCCUCAAGGAGCUGAGAUAAGGAGUGGCAAGUUCCCGUGGCCAGGCUCCUCCGCGCCCGACCACUCGCCCCGUGCCACCGGGCUAGGCUGCCGCCUGCACAGUGCCCCCAACCUCUCGGACCUGCAUGUUGUGCGCCCCAAGCUGCCCAAGCCCCCUACGGACCCUCUGGGGACUGCGUUUGGCCCCCUGCAGGCCAGCCCCCCGCUGUCAGCCUGCUGGCCCCUGCGCGGCUCACCCAAGCUCCCCGACUUCCUGCAGCGGAGCCCCCUGCCCCCCAUCCUGGGCUCCCCCACCAAGGCUGGCCCCUCGUUCGACUUCCCCAAGACACCCAGCUCGCAGAACCUGCUGGCCCUCCUGGCCCGGCAGGGCGUGAUGGUGGCACCUCCCCGGAACCGUACGCUACCCGACCUCACGGACGGGGGGCCCUUCCAGGCACAACCACUGGGCCCCGGGCUGCGGCCCCCCGAGGAGGCCAAGGGUCCCUUUGGCAGGUCUCUGAGCACUGGCCGCCUCACCGACCUGCUUCUGAAGGCGGCCUUCGGCACCCAGGCUCUGGACUCAGGCAGCACCGAAAGCCUGCAGGAGAAGCCCAUGGAGAUCGCACCUUCCACCGGCUUUGGAGGAAACCUGCACCCCGGGGCCCGCGCUCGGGGCGCCAGCAGCCCUUCCCCUGUGGUGUUCACUGUGGGCUCCCCCCCCAGCGGGACCACGCCGCCGCAGGGCCCCCGCACCCGCAUGUUCUCAGUAGGCUCCUCGGGCUCCCUCAGCUCAGCCGGCUCCUCCUCCGGUCGCCACCUGCUGCCCGGGGCCUGCAGUGAGGCUGCCGCCCCCGAGCCUCCUGACCCGGGACACUGCUGCAGCUAUGUCGACCCCAUUGCCGCCAACCUGGAGGGGGUUGUGACCUUUGAGGCCCCCGACCUGCCUGAGGAGACCCUCAUGGAGCAAGAGCACACGGAGACCCUGCAUGGCCUGCGCUUCACGCUGGCCUUCGUCCAACAUGUGCUGGAGAUCGCUGCCCUGAAAGGCAGUGCCGGCGAGGCAGCCGGGGGCCCCGAGUACCAGCUGCAGGAGAGCCUAGUGGCCGACCAGAUCAGCCUGCUGAGCCGUGAGUGGAGCUUUGCAGAGCAGCUGGUGCUGUACCUGAAGGUGGCAGAGCUGCUGUCUGCAGGGCUGCAGGCGGCCAUCGAUCAGAUCCGGGCUGGCAAGCUCUGCCUGUCAUCCACUGUGAAGCAGGUGGUGCGCAAGCUGAACGAGCUGUACAAGUCGAGCGUGGUGUCCUGCCAGAGCCUGAGCCUGCGGCUGCAGAGGUUCUUCCUGGACAAGCAGCGGCUCAUGGACCGCGUCCACAGCAUCACCGCUGAGAAGCUCAUCUUCAGCCACGCCGUGCAGACGGUGCAGUCGGCGGCGCUGGACGAGAUGUUCCACCGCCGUGAGGACUGUGUGCAGCGCUACCACAAGGCCCUGCUGCUUAUGGAGGGGCUGCAGCAGAUCCUUGUGGAUCAGGCGGACGUGGAGAACAUCGCCAAGUGCAAGCUGUGCAUCGAGCGGAGACUCUCGGCCCUGCUAACCGGCCUCUGCGCCUGACCCUGGACCCCACGCUCUGAGGCGCUCGGCGCUGAGUGGCGGACACUGGCCGCACUGGUCUGGAUGAGCCUGUGGGCCUUCACUACAGGGGACCCGGGUGGAGAGCUGGAGCUGCGGACUGGAUGCACCCGGGGCUGCUGCCCCCACCUGCCACCGAGGGCCGAGCUGCUGCUGGGUCCUGACCGGUGGUGACUGCAGGGUGCCUCACACCCACGGGCAGUCAGUCCACAGACUGGUGGAGCUCACAGCCCAGGAUCUCAGAACUCCUCCUGCCACCCACUGCGGGCACGGGCACGUCCCUCCGAGCCAGUGUCCUACCUGCCCCGCAGCUGCAGUGAGAUGUAGCCGGUAGAGCCGUGCAAGAACCCAGGGCGUUCCUGCCUGCUGCUGAGCAAGGUCCAGUGAGGCCCUGGAUAUGGCGCUGCCGACUCGAAGCCAAAGCUGCUGUCCUGGGCACCCGGCGGGCCUCCCUGGCUCCACUCCUUCUCUGGGACCCCCAAGCCCCCACCAGCUUUGUAACCCACGAGCACUUUAUGCAGAUAGAGGCUGGGGACAAAAAGGACCGCUGCCACGCGGCCUCUGUUCCCGGUGUUGCACUACAGGUGUGUGUACAGACAAUAUACAUACGUACAUAUAUAAAUAGCUUGCGUGCGUGCGCGUGUGUGCGUCUGACUGCGCUGUGUCUGGGACUCGCUGGCAGGCUGCCAGCGUGGAACCCCCCCUUUCCAGAGGAAAGAUGCAGUGGGGUGGCCAUGUUCUUUGAGGACAGACAGUACGAAGCGCCGUGCUCUCGAAGCCCAGGACGGGCGUCGCCACCUCUCACACUUCAGUCUAUAGCGUGUUUUGUUUUCCUGCAGCUCCCUUGUUUCUUGUUUUUAUGUUUUUAAGUAGAAAAUACGUAGGUGUUCAGGACCUUUAGUUUGGGAAGGGUGGGGGCACGACAGGGCAGGGGCUCUGCUUCGUGGCUGUUAGAUGUUGGGUGUGUCCGCCUGUCCUCCCCCAACAUCUGCCCAGCAGCCCUGCUCUGGCCAACACCCAGGCCCUGACAGCAUGUCCUGAUGUCCGAGGAGUCUUAUUCCUCUGGCCAGGCCUGGCUCGGGUGACGUGUCCAGGUUCCCCUGGCCUAGCCUCCUCGGCUCCACCUGAAUCACCUGAAUUGUCCUGAGUCAUCUGUGGUACCCACAGCCCCGAGUGCAAAGGUCACACCCUGGUGUACAGACAGUAUAUACAUACUUACGUUUCUUCCUUUUCAAUACUUGAAGUGUCGCCACUGUGCUCGGGCGUAGAAGGAAAGCCCUGACUUGUUUCUGUUCUCACCUGGUGACUGCUCAGCUGCAUGGGGUAUGUUUACAGGGAAGAGCCUCUGAGGAUGUUGCAUUUAUUACAGCUGUGUGGUCGUCUGGCGCUUUGGCCACAUGGCCUGUGUGUGCUCGUGAGUCCCGUCCUCCACGCGGUGGCACUCCGUCCUGGUCUCUCUUUUGAACACGGUUUUUGUGUGGUUUUUCCCCCUUUCGCUUUAAAUUGUGUCAUACCCGUUUACAGAAAUAAACCUUGGGA